CUUCCCAACGGGAAGCCGAAGUUUAAUUUCCGCGCAGUAGGAAGAGUUUAAUCCAAGAUGUUCUUUCCAAGACUUUCAGGUAAAGCUCGUGUUGCAAGCUUCAUUUCACUGGCCUCCUCUUCUUUCUCUACGUCUAGAUCUUAUUUUCAUAAUCAUAUUUGUUUUUUCUAGGCUUAAUACUUGGGAUCUUGGCAUUCAUGAUUGGUAAGUGUGAUCAGUGUGCCCUCUCUUAAUUAACAAGUCUGUUUCUCUCAACCCACUUCAAUUCGACGAACUGUCGGAAAAGCUGAGGUUAUUGUAAUUACAUGUAAAGCGGAACGAUAUAACUUUCGGUAACAUUCCUUGAUAAAUCUCUUACUAUAGCCAUGAAAAGUACUAGAGAAAUUUCUCAAGUUUCCUUAAAUACUUUAAAAUAUUACCGGCAUAUAUACUGCUAUCAAUUUUAUAGGAAUGAAAAAUGAUAUAUUUUUUUAAGAUUUAGUAUCGCAUAUGUUUGGUAACAAAUCCUAGAUUGGUAAUUUUACAGAAAAAAAGGUAUGACUCUCAGAUCUAUUUAUUGUAAGGUGUCGAUUUGCGUUCAAAGUCGACAGUUCGUUCUUUGAACAGAUAAGAACUAAAACAUUAAUUAACAGGUACCACUAAUGUUUAUUCUUAUAAAUUGCCAGGUUCUACAAUCGCCAAUAUCGAAGUGGUGGACACAAACCCAGGUAUCGCAUAAAGGAUUGUUCUGUUUAAGUAACGGUGACAAUUAAAAGGAUGGCAAAGCUUGUAAAUUUGCCAUGGUUUAAUGGCCAUCGUCUAACGAGUUUAUACAAAAAAAAAAUAACAAGGAAAUUUACCCCUUUGAUCAAGUUUACAUCUUAUCAGCCCGAGAGAUCCUGGGACACAGUACGCUGUCCGGAAAAGGAAUUUUUUGUAAUGAAAAUUAUCGAGUUUACGAACAGGAAAUAAUGAUUUUCUUGAAAUGAUUCUGUAUAUGUUAGAAAGUAGUAUAAGCUUAUUUUGAGUUUAUCGCCGUCAAGAGAUGUUAGGGGAGUUUGUAUGCAUCUCUCACCUCUUGUAAACCUCACGCAAAAGAAGUUUAUUAGCUAUAUCUUGGUUAUUUUUUCAUUGGCUCAUUCAUCCCUUAAUAUUUGCGUACAGAUUUUAUUGGCUGUUACAAGGACGACAAAACAUUAGACGACAACUUUCACCUUAUCAAUGCUCGAGCUCUUGGAUACCAGGUUGAAAGAUAUACAACGAAACAAGACUGCGUAGACCAGUGUGCUGCGAAGGGAUUCCUUUACGCUGGUCUUCAAAAUGGUGACCUCUGUUUCUGUGGAAACACUUUUGAUAAAUAUGGACGUGCAGAUGACUCGGAAUGUGAUAUCAAAUGUAGAAAACCUGACGAGGUUAUCGAGCACACUAACAAUCCCUUUGAUUCAUGUGGCGGUAGAUGGAGAAAUUCCGUGUACGCGGGUAAGUAAACGGUUAGCAUGCGUAGCACGCGUUUUUUUUAGUGCGUUUUUUCCUGUUCGGUUCGUAAAGUGAGAGAAAAGUUAAGGCAGAGAGAACAAAUCUCCCUGCCUUUUCCCCCUCGCCCCGUCCCCCAUCAUUUUUUCGUUUGACCUUUUACUUUACGAACACGAACGAAAAAUGCAGGUUGAUAAACAGUUAUCCUGCAAUAGACGGUAGUACCCGCCAACUCUCUUUGUCUUGUUUGAUUUAUUAGCUUACAUGCGCCAAGUGAGGGCACCACAAUACUUGCCAGUAUGGGCUGGGUGGAUUCUCCUUCCCACACACACCGAAGAUCCGGAGGCACAGAAGCUUAUUAACCGUUUAAGUCCCAACCAUGACCAACAUCAAUUUUCUCCUGACAAUAUCCAUACAUUGUCAAGAGAUGAGGUUAUAAGAAUUAAUAAAAUGAUCACCAUAAAGAAAAUGCCUCGAUCUUUUAUCAAGUUCUCUCAACUCAUUCUUUAAGGAAAUGUAUAGAGAUCAGUUUGGAGAAUUUGCAUAUAGAUAUUGGGACUUAAAGGGUUAACUGCAUCGACUAAUGAUGCGAUCACAUGAACUGAGACACGGUCUUGACAGAUAGCCUGCGAACCGCAGACGUAUUUCCGGUCGUAGGAAGAGAAGCGACGACCGGAAAUACGUCUGCGGUUCGCGGGCUAGAACACAGUCAGCGUGAUCUAGAUCUCAAUAGCUCUGGUUGGUGGUUCGAAAGGAAUUCAAAUCCUCCCACUCAGCGAAGUGCCGAUCACUUAUGUAAGAGCUCGUUGUUUGACUGUAUUCUGGAAUAAGAACAAUGAAAUAAACUCUAGAAAUCACUCACGAUUCAUUACAUCGUAACAUCUGCAAAUCUGGCGAAACGCAGUUUUCAGAUACAGCAGCCAGUAUUCCAUUGGUCCAAAAAUCUCGAUAAAAUAGACUUGUAACAAAAUUCAUACACUGUUCAGAGUCCUCUAUUUUUCCGUAAGAUCGUCGAGAUCGAGCGCUUUGGGUUACGCCGGGCUGCCAUCAUACAUGAGUUUCAAAACUACUUAGGGGGCGGGGGCGGUUUGGGAGUAAGCGAGGAAAAUUCCUGUUGGCCAGAACCUCUUUAGAACCUCUAAUUUGAUAGGUUCUUGUUGGCCCGAAGCUCUAUUGUUUCAGAGUUGGGGUUCAUUGUUAGUUUUGUUUGGGUUAGGGUUAUCUAUUGUUUUCUAUACCAAUCCUGUGAGCCGUUCUUAUAGCUUCCGGCCCCCCCGAAAAUUUUCUACCUCUAUUUUUCCCCCCCCUAGAGCUAUAAUCCCCGACGCCCGCCCCCUAGGUACAUUUGAAAAUGAAGAUGGCCGCAAUUAACGCUAAGACGCGCUAUAUCUCGACGAUCUCACGAAAAAAAUGGGGGACUGUGAACAGCCUACAAAAUUUAUGGCUUAUUUCGGAAUGCGUCCAAUCGAACGCACCCAUUGUUAACGGCGUGGCGAUUUAUAGGUUGUUGCUUUUCAAAGCCUCUUACUGCGGGCCCGUAUUGCAUGAUAGACGAUUUCGCAAAUUCGGAAGUGAUGGCGACGAACUGUAUCAAAGUAUCAUCUAGCGUAUAUUAAUUUGCUUUUUCCCUUUUAGUUACUGGAGUUCGAUCAGCAGAGCGCGAUGCUGCCAGAAAAUGGUGGCAGAUAUAACAGUGAACAGGUAUAUCUAUAGUAAGACAUUAAGAGCCGUAGUGUCAAGACUGUUUGAAUUGGUAUAAUUGAUUUAAAGUUUAAAUUAAAACACAUUGCAAUCAAAGACGCUCUUUUCGCCAUCUUUUCUUCAAUUGAUGCUAACAGCUCUAGCCCGUAGUUCAAGGAGGCCUAACCUCUCGUAAGCUCCUAUAGUUUCUGUUAGGUCUCCUCGCCACUUCUUUCUUCUACUUUUGCUAUAUUUUUGUAACUUCUAUUAUUGUGUGGCAAGUAAAAUAAAAGAAAUAAAAUCGUAGGUGAAUUCCCAUUAGGAAAAACAAAAACCUGGGCAGGGGGGUGAAACCUCAUUCCCAGGACUUUCCCUUAUUUCACUCCUUCCGAAUGUCGAAGGAAGAAGCCUUGUAGAAAAGGUUGCAUGAUUAUAGUAAAUUACAGUAUAAUAUACAGAUUUAUCCACGGCUAAAAGCGAAGAUCUCGAUAAUAUUUAUAGUUUGUUCAAACAAAAUAUAAAGGUGAUGUUACACGGAACGAUUCGCAUCGACGAUUUUUAGCGCAACACAGCGUGGCAUCAUUCUUGCGACAUUGUUUUCGAAUGUUUGCAACAUUGUUCCAAUAUUGCAACGCAAGUGUUACGCCAAAAAUCGUCGUUGCGAAUCGUCCCGUGUAACAUCACCUUAAAAUCGUGUAAUGCUAAGCGGUGAAGACAACGCCGGAGAACGGGGAAAAACAACAAUAGGUCUAAUUAGCAAAAAAGCAACUUUUCACAUGCAGCUCACUUUCUUUGUACAUUUCUUUGCAGUUGUUUUACACGACUACAACGUAAAUCUUCCAGAAACUUCUUGCACGUUUUUUGGAGAAAAUGUCGUACGUGUUCUCGUUCACGUUUUUCAGUUUUUCACUGCCGCUCAUUUUCACCUUGCAUUGGUGGCCGCUAGCAUUUCUCAUUUUAUCACCGCCGCUACAAAAUUUUCAUGUUCUUCUUCCAACAAAAAAUGUCCCCUUUGUUUUUUUAUCUCUCGCUCUAGAUCUCUGUCGCUCUUUUUCUCGUUGAGCUUCGCUGGCCUGCCGCGUACUUUCUAUUUUUCUCUGUCUUUCUCUUGCUCUAUAUUUCAAAUUUGUGGAAAUGACAAUUAAUCUAAGCUUAAUACUUUUGACAACACGGAUACAGAAACAAUUUCCGCCUUCCGUUUUCGUCUUCAUUGACUUUUUAGUUGUCUCUGCUUUACAAGACGCCGGUGGCUUUAUGGUUUCCCGCCAAAAUAACCUCGAGUUGCAGUUGGGUUGCCAUACCUGUUGACUGAGUUAUUUUACAUUGGUAUACCUGUGGUGCGGACGAACAGUCUGGCGGGCGGGCGUACGGUCACGUGAUUACCAAGUUUUCUCAGAUGGGUAGAUUACUUCAUUUUCUUACCCAUGGUGCUCCGCUGCGCACGCUUCGCGCGCGAAUGCUCUGCUAGUACCUUUAACUGCCUCUUGUUAGCCCCACCACUAACAACACCCUCCCACCCCCAGCUAUAAGCCCUUCUAAAAAACAUACAUGCGAUUGUCCGCCCCCCUUUCUAGAUUUACUGAAUUAUAUUCGAUUUAUUCUGACUGUUUAAAGCUUAAUUAAAAACCAGAAAGUAAAUGCAGGUCGCUAUAGCUUGUUUCGAAGAAGUUUUUCUACUCCGGUAAUGAGCCCUCUUGGUUAUAAGCUCUCCUAAAACCCGGAGAUGUACAAGCCCAGGGUUGAUAAGCGGCAGUUUAUAUACGGUAAUUGUCUUAUGUAACAUUCGCUUUCUUGAGUUCUAAAACAGCUUAAAAUUAUACCGACUACAAAGGUACAGACUCGACAACUUUUGGAUAUUUGGUAACUUCUUAUACUUACCUUUUACUGCAGGUUCAUCAAGCAAGAGACUAUAAUGAUGAAAUACUUAUGACGCAACGUCUACUUUCGAGUUACAGACUUUUCAAAGACACAAAGAAAGACAAGAAGCCAAGUAUUUCACUUGGUCGAUAUAAAAGAGCAUUUAUUGCCAUUGUAACUUUCCUAAAUCCGCACCCUCAGGAAGCGGAUAGAGGUUCCAUAACUGGAGUUGGUUCUUAAAAGGGCUGCGUCACGGCUAGUUAGUUCAUUCAGCAAUGGAAGGGCUCCUGGUUCAUUUUGAUAAAAAUUAUGACAAAUUAUGCCAAUUAGAAAUUACUUGUGAAUGGUAAAAUCACAGCUUUGUGUCAAACAAAUAUGUCUCCCAAGCAUUAUAUCAAACGUUACAAACCAUAAAAUGAACUUUGAAAAACUGUUCGGUUAACAACUUUUCAAAAACUACAAUUUUAGUCCGUUUAAAAAUUUUUCCAAGUUUUCCAUCUGUGACGCCUCAUUUUGUAUUUGCUGAGUCACUUAUAACUAGGGCUUUCCACAAGUUGCUCGGCAACUUUUUGGCAACUUCUCGUAUUUAGAGCAAAUUUUUGCAUUCUGAGCAAUUUUUCUAGUUAUCUUCUAAUAAAGGAGACGCAUUAAACGUCAGACGAAUGAAACGUCUGAAGUUAAGUACGUCCGAUCCGGAUGCACUUAACAGAUGAAUUAGUCGUCUCAGACUUUUAAGACGUCUAGUAUAAAAACCGGACGCACUUAACGACGCACUAAACAGUCAGACGUUUAAUGCGGCCAAUGUUUCCUGUAAAAAAGGAGCCAAAUCCUUCCCCCUGGGGCAAAUCAUGG